AUGGCGGCACUCCGAAUGCUCGCCAGCUCCAUGCGAGUGGCCCGACCAGUCAUCUCUAGGAAUACACGCACAUAUGCUACAGCUGCUGACAAGCUCAAGCUGUCCCUCGUUGUUCCGCACCAGUCCCUUAUUUCUGGCACUGAAGUCUCCCAAGUCAACAUUCCAGCCGUGACGGGUGACAUGGGUAUCCUAUCGAAACACGAGCCGGUCAUCGAAGAGCUCAGACCUGGUGUUGUCGAGGUCAAAACACUCGAUGGACAAUCCAAAAAUGUUAGCGGCGGUUUCGCAACCAUGCACCCACACAACGAAUUGACCGUCAAUGUCGUCGAAGCUGCUCCUCUUGAAGACUUUUCACCAGAGGCUGUUCGAGCAAACCUUGCGGAAGCUACUCGUGUUGCGAAUGGAAAUGGUCCAGAAAAGGACAAGAUUGAGGCCCGCAUAGAAGUCGGUGUCUUGGAGGCUCUCCAGUAUGCGCUCAAAUAG